AAGCUUGUGGAAUCGGCUGUGGGAAGAAGGACGCCAGGUUUCUUGGGCAGCUACUGUCAUGGCGGCGACGGCCCCCAGUGCAGGUGUCUCCGCGCCUGAGGCAGCGGCUUCCACGGAAGCCCCUCUGCAGUACAGCCUUCUUCUGCAGCACCUGGUGGGUGACAAGCGUCAGCCCCGGGUCCUGGAGCCUGGGACCCUGGGCGGGAUCCCGAGUCCCGCCAAGAGUGAGGAGCAGAAGAUGAUCGAGAGGGCGAUGGAAAGCUGCGCCUUCAAGGCGGCGCUGGCCUGCGUGGGAGGAUUUGUCUUGGGAGGUGCAUUUGGGGUGUUCACUGCCGGCAUCGAUACCAAUGUGGGCUUUGACCCGAAGGAUCCUUACCGAACGCCGACGGCAAAAGAAGUUCUUAAAGACAUGGGGCAGAGAGGAAUGUCCUAUGCCAAAAACUUCGCCAUCGUGGGCGCCAUGUUUUCUUGCACUGAGUGUUUGGUCGAAUCUUACCGGGGAAAAUCAGACUGGAAGAACAGUGUCAUUAGUGGCUGCAUCACUGGAGGAGCCAUUGGUUUCAGAGCUGGCUUAAAGGCUGGGGUCAUUGGUUGUGGAGGUUUUGCUGCUUUCUCGGCUGCAAUUGAUUAUUACCUACGGUGAGAGCAUUUGCCUGCGGGGAAGGACGAUGCCAGCCCAGGAUCAGAGCUGUUCUGAGGAGGGCACUUUCUGCCCCACUCUGGGACCCUUGCUUCAGAGACUGAAGACACUCUUUUCCCUCGUUGAGUUGGUGUCGUGACAGAGCUGCCUGGCUGCGAUCUGCCACCAGCCUGAGCAGCCAGCUCUCUGCUCCUGGACUCCAGCCAGGCUGGGGGAGGGGGUGCCAUGCCAGCUUCUUUCCCGCAGAUCAGGAGUCAGCGUGCCAACUGGUAGGGAUUGAGUCCCACAGAGGUCCAGCCCUGACCAUGCCUGGCCCUCUGGUGCUGUGGGAACGGAGGGGACAGUGUGUACCUGCGAGGCUCUUCUACCUUGGAACUUCCUGCCAUCGUCCGUCUGCCACAGCAGGGCAGGGCAGAGCAAAUGUAUGCCACCUGACCAAUUAUGUCCUUUUGUUUAGUGUUCCGCUGUCCUUGUUUUAAAAUAUAUCUAUUUAUAUUUAUAUUACAGUUUAAAA